CUUGGGUUUUGGGUGAGUUAACAGCUUUCUUUUCUGGAUUUUUAGCUAAAUGGUCCUGCAUGUCUAGCUUGCCAAAUGAUGUCAAACCCUGAGGCCCAGAAGGAUAAUUCUGCUUUGACACCAGCAGCCAGCAAUGGGAUGGAGAAAUCUCUUGAGAUUCUGGGCAAGGCUAUGGAACAGUAUGCAAUUGCUAUAGAUAAGCCUCGGCAGCAACAGGAAGCUGAAGCAAAGCGCCGAACCUUUUUUCAGUCCAUGAAACUAAACCCACCUACUUUCAAGGGCAGUCUUGACCCACUGGAAGCCGAGAAUUGGAUUCAAGAUAUGAAACAGAUAUUCGACGUCCUUAAAUCUACCGAUGAGCAGAAAGUCACAUAUGCUACCUUUCUGCUGAGGGGAGAAGCUCGUAACUGGUGGGAGUUCACCAAAACAGGUUUCAGCGAGCCUGUGACUUGGUCUAUGUUUAAAGAUGCCUUCUUGACACGCUACUUUCUAGAAGUUUAUAGGAAUCAGAAGGAAGAGGAAUUCCUGAACUCGGAGCAAGGAAACAUUACUGUGACUGAGUAUGAUCACAAGUUCAUUGGGCUUUGUCGAUUCACUCCUUAUGUUGUAUCCGAUGAAGAUGCGAUGGUCAGGUUUUUCAGGAGAGGCUUAAAAGUUAAAACCCAGUAUUAGGGUAACUCUGCGGUUUUAACGUGACUGAAAACCGAGAUUUGGUUAACAAGGCUCUCCUUGUGGAAAGCUGCGGUGAAGAGAUUCAACAAGCUGGAGAGCAGAAGUGACGUAGGCACAAUGGACCUGAAAGGAUUAUCAACUAAAGUCAGAGCUUAGAAUGAUGGAAAAAACUCCGAGAAUGCUUUAAGACCAGGAUCUAUAUGCUGUUUUGCCUUUUGGACUCAAUUGCUAGUACUUUAAAUUGAGUCUUCCUGUAUAAAUCUAGGUGUCAGCAAUGUAGUUUGUUUUUGUUGGCUUGGAGUUUGCUAAUGCUUUUGGCUGUCCAAUGUAAUUAAGGUAUUAAGCUGUA